CUGGAAUCUUCGGGACAUGUACAACUCGACAAACAUACAUAUAUGUGUGCAUAGCGACAUUCUCGGGAAGCUGUACUAUUACCCACUGACACUCACCUAACCAUGACUCCUCCAAACUCAUUGUCCACACUCGGCUCGAUAUCUAGGUCAAUCACGAGCGUGCCGGGGGCAGCAAGGCGAGGAGUAGCAACGAUUGCACACUUCAAAGUCCCUGCUGUGAAUAAUGAACCAAAUAAACACUAUGCGAAAGGGUCGGUUGAGAGGCAGAAGCUCCAAGAAGCUGUCGCGGCACUCAAACAGAAAGUUCCAUUAGAGAUCCCAAUAGCAGUGGGAGGCCAGCAAAUAAAAAACUCCUCAAUCCUCACGCAACGCAAUCCCGCAUCACACCGCGAUGCAGUCGCCAAUGUCUCGAGCGCCAGCACUGCAGAUGUGGAGAAGGCAAUUGAGGCAGCCCUAGAUGCGAAGCCGGCCUGGGAAUCACUGCCGUUCGCUGACCGCGCCGCUGUCUUCCUCAAAGCGGCUGAUCUCGUCUCGACGAAGUACCGGUACGAUAUCAUGGCUGCGACAAUGGUUGGACAGGGGAAGAAUGCGUGGCAGGCGGAGAUUGAUGCUGCUGCGGAACUGUGCGAUUUCUUGAGGUUCAACGUCAAAUAUGCCGAAGAUACAUACGGACAUCAACCAGUGCACCACGCACCCGGUGUGUGGAAUCGCGUAGAGUACCGCGCUCUGGAAGGUUUCGUCUAUGCCGUCAGCCCCUUCAACUUCACAGCCAUCGGAGGCAACCUCCCCGCAGCGCCCGCGCUGAUGGGCAACGUCGUUGUAUGGAAACCGUCACCAUCAGCCGUGGCCUCGAACUGGCUGCUCUACCAGAUCCUCCUCGAAGCGGGGCUUCCUCCAAACGUCAUCCAGUUCAUUCCCGGUGACGCAGAGGAGAUCACACAGGCAGUGCUGUCCCAUCGUUCGUUCGCUGGGCUGCAUUAUACAGGAAGCACCGCAGUAUUUAGGUCGCUAUACGGCAAGAUCGCAGCUGGGAUCGCGGAAGGGAAGUAUCAUGGUUACCCUCGAAUCGUCGGGGAGACGGGAGGGAAGAACUUCCAUCUCAUCCACAAGAGUGCGGACAUUCCGAAUGCGGUUGUCCAGACGGUGCGCGCAGCCUUCGAAUACCAAGGACAGAAAUGUAGCGCCUGCAGCCGCGCCUACGUCCCGUCGUCCGUUUGGCCCGAUUUCAAAGACCGGCUCGUCUCCGAGGUCUCAGCCCUGAAGAUAGGCGACCCUUCCGACUUCUCCAACUUCAUCGGUCCUGUCAUCCACGAAGCGAGCUUCAACAAACUGUCCCGCGUUAUUGAUGAAGCAAAGAAGGACAAAGAGUUGCAGCUCCUGGUCGGGGGUAAAUACGACAACAGCGAGGGCUAUUACAUCCAUCCUACCGUCUACCAGACCACGAAUCCCAACCACCCGCUCCUCUCCCGAGAACUCUUCGGGCCCAUCCUCGUCGUCUACGUGUACGAAGAUAGUGCGCCUGAUGCCUUCAGCGACAUCUGUAAGACCAUCGACCAGACUUCCGAGUAUGGCCUCACAGGCGCCGUAUUUGCGAAAGACCGCGAGACGAUCCGCUUCGCAGAGGACGCCCUCCGCAACGCAGCGGGCAACUUCUACAUCAACUGCAAGUGUACGGGUGCGGUGGUGGGACAGCAACCGUUUGGUGGGUCGAGGGCUAGCGGGACGAAUGACAAGGCUGGAAGUGCGACAUUGUUGGCCAGGUUUGUGAAUAUGAGGGCCAUUAAGGAGGAGUUUUGCUCGACGGAGAAGGUGCUGUAUCCGAGUAACGAGGAGUGAAACCUGACAGUAUUCGACGGGGGGGUAUAUUGAGACGAGGCAAAAGUUGGCUUUGAUUAGGGUUGAAUACGGAUGGCCGUCCAUUGGGAGCGUGUUCCGGUCAUUUAGGGUUUGGUUUGAACUUAGGAUACUUCACUGCUCGAAGGGUAGCAGCACAUAUCGUGUAAUCCUAGUUUCGUCAAAUGGGAGACCCACAAUUUUGAACUGAUUCCAU